CUGACAUUCAGGAUCCAUCCAUAACCCAACUUUUUGUAGUUUUUGAUAGUUAUGUUUUGAUACUUAAAAAAGGAUUAAUGAAAAUGAAUAUUCCCCGUUAUGAAUUUCGCAAAGAAAAUAAAGCCCUCCUCGCUGAAUUUCUGAAGAAAUCCGAAGAAUACAAGUCGAAUAAAUUUUGUAACCUCCAAGAACAUGAUAGAUUGACAAACAUUUUGCCAGUGAAUGAACAUUUGAAAGAGCUGCUCAUUGAAGAAGUUGUUGAUAUUACCCAAAGUGAUGGAGACAUUUCUGAGGGGCACAGUGAAAAUUUACAAGCCCUUGACAUCUCCAUAGAAGAUGUUUUCAAUGCACCUGAAUCAAGCCAAAGAAUUUUGAAUGAAACAACCAUAGAUGACAUCACUUAUGCAAUCAAGGAAAAUUUAGAAACUGAGAAAUGCCUCUCUGCAAGUGUAAUAGGCACCUUACACAAAUCAGAUUUGAAUCUUGAAGAUGUCUUUUUGAAUCUAUCCAAUGAGUUGAACUAUGAGGAAGUUCUGAAUCUUGGAUUGUCCCUAAAUUCAGCUCUCAUUGGUGAUGAUAGGAUAAUAUCACAUUUCAUCAAAUACCUUUUACUAAAACAGCUUGCAGUGGAGUUCUCAGACCAGUUCCAAUCAAUCUACAAUGAAUUUUGCCAAAGAUAUUCAAACAUUUUGAUGGAAGAGUUAACAAAUGUGAUACUAAAUACUAAGACUGAUUAUACCAGAGUUUUUUUACAAUAUCUGAAUGAAUCAGAAACCAAUUUCAAAUCAAAACUAUUCAGGAACUUCAUUUUCAAUUGCACCACACUCCAAGAUAACCACAUCCCUCUCAUAGAAGCCCUACAUGGUACAUCAGACAUCGACUCUCUGAACAAACUGGUAGAGAUAAUGUCAAUGUCAGCAAAUAAUUAUUCCACCAAUAAACCAUUUGGAAAGCUGCUUCUGAAUGUGAUAAAAGUUUUGGGGAAAAAUAUUCAAACAUUGGAAAGGCCCAUGAAUCACAUAAUUGCUACUCACAAAUCUGUAUGGAAGGGGAAAAUACAAAAACAGUAUAAGGAAAAUUUACAAGACAGUAUUCUGAUGUCACAAUCCUUUAGAUAUUAGUGCAAAAUAAAUAUUUUUAUAUU